CAGUCUGAAACGUCUGCAGCUUGCCGGUAUACAUAGAUUCAGUUCGAAGCAUGGCUGAAGUGAUCCGGUAUACGCGCGCGGAGAUUUCCAAGCAAGAUGGGAAGGAUAAUAGAAAGCUCUGGAUCAUUGUGAAGGACAUCGUUUACGACGUCACCACUUACCUCCACGAGCAUCCCGACGGUGAGGCCUCGAUUUUGGAAGUUGGGGGCAAGGACGCGACGAAAGACUUCGCGGACCACUCCAGCGACGCUAAGAAAAUACUCGCCAAGUACAAGAUCGGAGAAAUCGUUGAGGAAGAGAAAUACUACGAUGCCAACGGCAAGAAGAAGAAAGGCGUAGUAUCAACGGACGCGGAGCAGGGCGGAAGAGGCUGCAUGAGCAUCAUCACAUGUGGCCUGCUCGGGUGACACCCCACAUAGUUGCAAACAUUUCUCCCAUGACACCGCAUAUAAGUUCCAUAGCUGCGUUUCACGUGAAGACCAAGCUAGUGGUUCCUUGAGUCUCUUAUGUUUUGAAAGAAACAUUAAUAAACACCAAGCUUAACUCGCAUUUAAGUAAUAGUGAUGCGAUUCUAAAAUGGUAAUUACUACCCACAAAAAUUAAGUUGUACGAGUGUGAUAAUGAGUAUUGAGUUUUACUCAUCUAAAUAGCAAUUCAUCAUCAACCCAUUUAUACGUCGCAUGCUGAACACGGGUCUCCUCCAGACGAGUGUUUCGGCCAUAAUCUGCGACACUGGCCCAAUGCUGGGUUGUUGGUUGGGAACUUUAGACGUUUUCCGAGGAUUGUCAAUGUUCUUCCAGGUGCAGGUUUCAUCACGAUGUUUUGCUCUCAAAUUAAAGUCCGAGAAACUCUGAGGUGCAAGCCGGGAUUCGAACCCACGGCCUCUGCUUGAGAGUCGGUAGGUCAAACCGUUGGGCUAAAUGCAAUUACGUUCGUGAAAACGAAAUAUAGCAUUAGAUAAAAUAAAAUAACUUGUAGAUACUUGUUCGAUAUACGUACUAUCAAACUGCCUCUACAUGCUCUCAAAUGUAUAUACUGUAUGUUAGUGCAUUGUAAAAUAAUAAAAUAGAUAUCUAUUUAGUGAUAUGCUUUAGAAUUAGAAAGUGAUAUCAUAUUUAAACGUCGCCUUCACUUAUCGCAAAAAAUUGUAACGAUAACUUUGUAAAUAAUUAUUUAAGCAAAUAUAAAGCAACUUAAUUCGUGGAAUUAGGAAUUAAAAUUUAAUUAUUGGGAGACGAAGUAAUUGUUGUACAGUCAAAGUCAAGGCCAAAGAUUAUUUAUUCCAUAGGUAAAAUAAAUUUACACUUGAAAACGUCACAUUUAAGCUACUGCUCGUUCACUAUGCUGGCUUCCCUGAGAAGAACGAGCAAGAAACUCUAGGGA